AUGGGGCCAAAGUUUCCCAUAACUCAGUUGAAGACACCGAAUUAUUACGUGAUUUCUUGCCACAGAAAGCAUUCCACCAGAAUUAUCUCUCAGCAAAAGUUUUCAUUCAAGUCUUUGGGGAAUAAAUGGAACCUCAAUGACCUAACUGCGAGUUCUAUCCAAGAAAGAUUGAAUGUAUUGAUGUCAAGGACCCAAAACUUUUUAGUGACUUCUCCGCUUGCUAAAUCUGGCCAAAGUAAGAAGCCUGGUCCUGAAAAUGAUAUCGGAUUUCAAGUUAUGGAAGAUAUAUUUAUGGCAGAGCAAACAAAUUGA